UAUUUCCCCGACUGUCAGUAGACACACGUUCUGAUCGUGCAAUCUUCACACCAUAUAUCAGGCGACCUACACAGUAUAACAGGCGCUACCACGGACGCCCCCAAGUUCAGGUGUAGGUCAUCACGAGGGUCAAGGAGACGCAAGUCAAAGGUCCAGACGACAUCUGUACCAUUAUAAGUGCUACAGUUCCAGACGACAUGUCUUCGCCAAAGGUAGCCAUCUUUUAUAACAACGCAGAAAUAAUCGACGUCAUUAAACAAGAACUGCCUGAUGCUGACAUUCAGAUGUUCUCAAAUCCUCCCACGGAAGAGGAGGUGGAGUCGUUCUCUCAGGUCCAGAUCAUUUUUGGGUCCCCUAGAAACCUGACGGAUGUCAUUCCAAGAUGCCCCAACUUAAAAUGGAUCCAGUCUGGAGCAGCAGGCGUGGACAAGAUACUGAAGAGUUUAUCAGAUGACAAGGUAAACGCAAAGAUUAUUGUCACCCGCAACGGAGAGACAUUUGCCAAACCACUGGCCGAGCACAUCAUGUGCCAGAUACUGACCACAAACAAAGGUCACUACAAAUGGUAUGACCAGCAGAAGAGGGCAGUGUAUGAGAGAGAGAACAUUCAUUCCAAACCACUGUCACAGACAUCAGUUGGGAUACUAGGACUGGGCUGUAUUGGACGUGAAGCCGCCCGAACGUGCAAGUUCUUUGGGAUGAAGGUAUGGGGCAUGACCCGGACUGAAGUACCGGAAGAUAAGAAGUCCUCAUAUGUUGACGAAUACAGGACAGAGAAUUCGUUACAUGAAAUCCUAUCUGAAUGUGAUUAUAUCGUCAACAUACUACCAUCAACUGAACAGACUCGAGGCUUGUUGUCGGGAGAUGCCUUCUCUUACUGCAAAAAUAAGAAGACUACCUUCAUCAAUGUUGGACGGGGUGAUGUGACGGAUGAAGAGAGCAUACUGAAAGCUCUCAGGAACAAGUGGUUACAGUACGCUGCACUAGAUGUCCACAACCCCGAGCCGCUGCCUGCCAGUAGCCCCUUGUGGAGCGAGCCAGGGGUCAUCAUCACACCCCACAUCUCGGGUGGCAUCAUAUUGUACCCUGGAUACCUCCGUGACAGAGCCGAGCUGUUCGUGAAACAAUAUCGCCGCUAUAUUAACAACGAACCGUUGGAAUACGUUGUUGAUUUUGAAAGAGGUUAUUGACGUCAGAGUUUAGGACGACACUUGCAGGACAGGGGGAAACCACGGAGUCGUGUCAUCCAGUGAUUGUACUCCUCCAUCAUUGCUGUGUACAAAGUACCAGGCUGUAUGAUAACAACUUAGAUUUGUAUGUAGUGAAAUACGGAGUGCUUCACGACUAAGACGGAGCAUGCUAUCGUGGACUUCUGCUAUGUAACCCAAUGCCACACCAAACCGGUGUCUACCAUGCCAGAUGGACUUUCACAAUGAUCUAUAUGUACUGUAGUGCCUAUACGUCCCCCAAACACCAACAGUACACAGCUGCAGAUAUUCUAGACCCAUGUGUGUCGUAUUCAGUCACACACAUUUUCCUCAUGGUGUGGACAACUUUACUUGAUGUAUCACACACUCAGAACAGUAGCCUUGUAUAUAGUGCGGGCCUGUUGAGUGGCGUCUAUUUCUGGUCUCUUCACUGCAGUUUGUAGGUAUCUCAAUUUAUAACAAUGCAGGGAAUACUCCUGAUGUAGCUACAUCAUUGUGUCGAGCUGACCCUCACACACCC